GCUUUAUUGAUUCCUCAAGGUAAAGCGAAAGUACAAAAAAAAAAAAAGAAAAACAGAUUCUGUCUCAAUUUCUAGAGCCUGUACUGUGUUUGAUGAAGUAGGUAAAGGAGAGUAUGGAUGAGUUACAUAGAAAGAUUUUGCGUGAGAAUCGUUCCUACCUUGUAAACGAGAUUGAAGAUGUUGAAGGCAUAACUGAUGUACUCCUGGAAAAACUAAUAAUAACCAACAGCAUGAAUCAGGAAAUUCAUGCUGAGAAAACUAACAUUGCCAAAACAAGAAAACUUCUUGACACUUUACCUAGAAGAGGAAAGUUGGCAUUUGACACGUUCUGUAAUACAUUAAUCAAGACUGGUCAGAGACAUAUAGCUGAGAAAUUGAACCCAAACCUUAAAAAUUCUGGUGUUACCCCUGUAGCCCCAGUUCCAUCAGCUGGCGAAAACAAGACAGCAGGUGCAAAAUCAUCAUCUGGUCCCCCUUCAGCAGGUAACAAACAAAAUUCUUCCAAACCUGUUUAUCCGGUACCAGUUCAAGUACCCAUUGUAGACAAUAAUCCAAAGAGCUCCACCUUGCCGACUAGUGUGACAGGAGCAGGUUUACCUAACCCAGCUUUUGGCACUGGUGCUACUGGCACAGCUGCUGGUUCCCAGCCUUCAACUCCCAAUGAUGAAAGUUAUCAGCCAGUGUUUGGAAGGCAGAAAUCAAAGGAGGUCACCUCAUUUACACCAGCUGAUGAACAGCUAUUGAGACUUUUUCCCGAACCUGAAGGAGACUGGCCAUACAAGGUGGACAUGACUUUAUCCAGUCAAGACUUUAAAGUGAAGAAUUGUACAGCAGAAGAAGUUAAACAGCAGCUCAAUGAUUCCAAUACGUAUCCAAUGGAGAAAAACAAAAGGAGACAGGCGCUAAUCAUCAGUAACCGAACAUUUGACGAGGACAGGUAUGAGGACAGAAAACUAGCCGACAUGGACAGCUUCCGUAUACAACAAGUUCUCAAACAGCUCGAUUUUAAAAUUCAAAUGAAGACAAAUGUGAACAAAGAGACCCUGGACAAAGUGUUAAAGCAGGAGAGAGAACAGGAUGGAGUUGAGCUGUGUGUAUUUGUACUUGUUAUACUGUCCUAUGGUGGUACUGGAACGAUUAUGUGUACUGAUGGAGAAAUGGUCCAAGUGCAAGAUAUAGUGAACCUUUUUUCUGCCAAAAACUGCCCAUAUAUGGCUGGUGUACCUAAACUGUUUCUUCUACAAGCUUGUGGAACUAUUCUGAAAAAUAUUGAUGGUAAUGCUGAGGGAGUUAGUAAGAAAGACAGUACUACACAGGGUAUCGUUACUGGAAUAGAAAGCCUGAAUCUUGGUGCUGCAGGAGGUGGAAAAACUGUCAUUGACACAAGGGGAAGUUUACAUAGCAGCAGCUCGGAGAGUUCACUCUCUGAGCCUCUAGCACUGGAAAAUACAAGUGACAUGCUUGUUGCUAUGGCAACAACUGCAGAUAUGAACCAUGCUCAAUACAGCUCUCUCUUCAUGCUGGGACUGUCAUAUAUAAUUAGCAACUUUGCCAAGUCACACCAUUUCAUCUUAUUGCUGAAAGGGGUGAACAGGUUAAAGGCGUGUGAUAAUUCCAGUGAUCCUAUGAAGCUAGUUGAGUUCAAACACUCGUUGACUAAGAAUCUGUACUUGUUACCAGGCUAUCCACACGAUGUACCCGGUGGUGCCACUGGGAGCACUCUCCCACAGGGUCCAUUCGGAAGUACAAAACCUUCAUGAGAUUACUUCGUAGUGUAGUUUAAAGAGAAUCAACCAAAGACUGAAGCGUAAAACAAUGCCAAACUUCAUCAUUUCAAAUUCAAAUUAUACUGAAUCUUGAAUACAAUAAGUGACAUCUCUGGUUGUGUAUGUGUAUGUAUAUAUAUAACGUAUGUAUGAUAAUGGUGUUGAUUACCCAAUCAUGAAAUAAAAGCAGGGCAAAAUCCAGAUUACAGUAUUGCUGCCGAUCAUGUUUUUUUAUCUGUCUUGUUGUUGCUAGCAUAAUAUCCUGUGUACAUCUGCCAGUUGCGUUUUCACAUUGUGUUAUUACUAAUAUACCCUAUAUAAACUACUACUGAACAGGGUUGAAUUAUGCCCUCAUCUUUUCCUUUUACACACAACUUGACACACACAACUUUACACAAGUUGUUUUCCUUUGAUGUCAGGAAUGUCUGCUGAAGCAGUUACAAAACUGCACAGUUUGUUCUACAGACUAAAGCCUUUAAGUGAUAUUUAAAAUCAGAGUUCCUACAAAUUCAUACCUUCUGUAGGUUUCAUUACCAAAUUCAGCUUCCUGUUCUAAUGCCUAAUUUAAAAGUGUUUUUGCAAGUUCUUGCAAGUUAACAUAUGAAAAGCGUGCCAACAGUAAGGCCACACAAGAUUCUUUAUCCAAACAAAACAUUUAGCAGACUUAUACAUUACUCCCUGAUUUCAAAAGGCGGGGAAAAAAAUGAUUGUGUAUUGUUAGAUGUUAAGUAAGACAACCUUUCAGUUUUAAGGGAUAUUUUGCUUUGCAGAAUUGGAACUAUUUUACAAAAAAAGUGUGCCAGUUUUCAGAAUGAAGAGUUUUUAUUUACUCGGAUGUUUUUCCAGUGAAAAUAGAAAAUUUUCAGGACUGAGAUAAUUGUCUGGUUUAUGGAGGGCAUACCGGUUUUGAUGUUUUUAUUGAGAGUGGUUUCACUAUAUCUUGUAUUCUCAUUUUAUGCAUUCUACAUUCUAUUAAUGUACCAUUUAUUGUUCUAUAUAAUUGUAUGGUUUGUAAGUUAAGGAAAUGAACUUUUAGCAUUUGAUAAUUUAUUUUAAUUUGUACUAUUUUUGUUUUUAGUGGAAUCAAGUAAAUUCAUCUUUUGUAUUUUUGUAUUGACUUUCAGAAACUUGACAAUGAUUCACUAACAAAUACAGAAAAUAUAUAGUUUACUGUUACUGAAUGUCUUGGCUAUAAAUAGUCAAAAUUAUGUGCCUAAGGUCCAAAGUCACUUAAUUUUGACUAAUGAAUGACAAGACAUUCCAGCAAACAGGAGUUUUAUUAUUUGACAUCAGAAAUAAAUUUUCAGAGAUUUUUUUUUUUACUUUAGCCCCAUAAAUAUGAAUUGAACAUAGAUCCUUCAUAAAUCACAAACUAUUUAUUGGUAAUUUUUAGCUCACCUGAGCCAAAGGCUCAUGCUGAGCUUUUGUGACCGGUCAAUGUCCGUCGUGUGUCGUGUGUCCGUCAACAUUUUCUAAAAAAAUCUUCUUCUUGAAAACCACCUGGCAGAAUUACACCAAACUUCACAGGAAUGAUCCUUGGAUGGCCCCCUUUCAAAAUUGUUCAAAGAAUUGAAUUCCAUGCAGAACUCUGGUUGCCAUGGCAACCGAAAGGAAAAACUUUAAAAAUCUUCUUGUCCAAAACCACAGGGUCUAGGGCUUUGAUAUCUGGUGUGUAGCAUCAUCUAGUGGUCCUCUACCAAAAUUGUUCAAAUUAUCCCCCUAGGGUCAUAUAUGGCCCCGACCCGGGGGUCACAUGGUUUACAUAAACUUAUAUAGGGAAAACUUUGAAAAUCUUCUUGUACAAAACCACAUGGCGUAGGGCUUUGAUAUUUGGUAUGUAGCAUCAUCUAGUGGUCCUCUACCAAGAUUGUUCAAAUUAUCCCCCUAGGGUCAAAUGUGGCCCCGCUCCGGGGGUCCAAUGUUUUACAUAGACUUAUAUAGGAAAAAAAGUUUAAAAAUCUUGUCUGAAACCAAAGCACUUAGACCUUUGAUAUUUGGUUUGUAGCAUUGACUUAUGGUCCUCAACCAAAAUUGUUCAAAUUGUACCCCUUGGGUGAAAAAAACCCCUGCCCUGGGGGCCCUAAGUUUUAUAUAGACUUAUAUAGGAAAAAGCUUUAAAAAUCUUCUUGCCUGAAACCAUACGACCUAGGCUUUUGAUAUCUGGUAUGAUGCAUUGUCUAGUAGUCCUCUACCAAAAUUUUUCAAAUUAUGCCCCUGGGGUUAAAAGAGGCCCCGCCCUGGGGUCACUUAGUUAUUAUGUGAGUUAUAUUGGAAAAAUACUUAAAAAAUCAUCUGAUCCUAUUUCCAAGAUUGUUUAAUUAUAAUUACCUGAUGACCCCAAGUAAUAUGAUGUCACUUGACUAUGACCUUGACCUACUGACCUACUUUCUUGUUUUUUAAGAUACAGCCUUGAAAUUUGAUGACAUACACAGUUUUGCCCACAAAUCGUAAAACUGCAUUUUAUUGACCAUGAAUGUGACCUACUGACUUUCUUAAUAUUUUAUCAUCAGUUUGACAUUUGAAACAUGUAGCUCAUAUUACCCAGGUGAGCGAUCCAGGGUCAUCAUGACCCUCUUGUUAUUUGUUGUCAUGUAAUGAUUUAUAAUGAUAGGAAAAUUAAUUGCCAGGAAUGGAGGAAUUUUGUUAUUUUAAUGGUUUAAUGGCAUACCACAAAAUAUAUAUUAAAGAAAUAUUAGAAGUUCCCUAUUACAGACUAGAUAUAGGUUGUUUAACAAUAUUAAAUUGAUGUUUAGUGUUAUAAAGGAUAAUGUAGAGAAAUGUCAGUUUCAGAAUCAGGACCAGGCAUUAAUUUAAAAAAGCAUUUGCAAUGUAUAAAUUUUUUAAAGGUAAAACUAGUUUUGUUGGGAAAUUAUUUUAUAUUUUCGUUUGUGUUAAUUUUUGUGUGAACUAUAUUGUUAUUUCAAUCUUAUAUCAGAGACAGUUGUUGCAUUCACUUGUCUUAUAGUUUCAGAGCAGUAAAGCUUCUGAUUGACAUCAAAAUUAGUAAUCAUAAACACCUUCACCACUAGAGCAUCGCUCCCUAAAAGUUGGGAUUGUAUUUCGGGUCUCUUGUGUCAAAGUCAAGGUCAUUGAUACUUUAAAAGAAAUUGAUAUUUAUCAAUACCUUCAGUUUGGAUGAAACUUUUGUUACAAAACUUUGUGUGAACAUAGCUUUAAUUGAAACAAAAGGUGGGAUUGUAUUUCGGUUACUCGGGUCAAAGUUACUGUUACUAAAAUAGAGAAACAGUAUCUGCUAACAUUGAAAACCUGGUCUCGGGGCAUUGCAGCAUUUAUUGUGGAUAUUGCACUAGUGUUUUAACAAACUAACAUUGACGUCAUUUCAAGUAAGGAUGUAGUUGGUUGGAUUAAUUGUCUGUAUAGAUAGUUUAUAAAGGAACAAACUUGAUAUUUCAGCAGAAAAAGCACAAAUGUGGUGGAAAGAAUCUUUUCAUACAUUUGCAUCUUUCCACAGAGCCUCGCAUUUUGCUAUUUUAUUCACACUGUUUGAUCAAGCCUAGGAGUUUUCAGGACUUGGUCCUGAUUUCAGGUUUUCGGCUGCCACAAUUUCCCUGUGUGAUUCAGUUGAAAAAGAACAUGUCAGUAUUUCUGACUUGAUGUUUUUGACUGAAUCCCAGGUCGGUUGAUAAUUAGCUCACCUGUCACAAAGUGACAAGGUGAGCUUUUGUGAUCGCGCGGUGUCCGUCGUCCGUCCGUGCGUCCGUCCGUCCGUAAACUUUUGCUUGUGACCACUCUAGAGGUCACAUUUUUCAUGGGAUCUUUAUGAAAGUUGGUCAGAAUGUUCAUCUUGAUGAUAUCUAGAUCGUUUGAAACUGGGUCACGUGCCAUCAAAAACUAGGUCAGUAGGUCUAAAAAUAGAAAAACUUUAGGACCUCUCUAGAGGCCAUAUAUUUCACAAGAUUUUCAUGAAAAUUGGUCAGAAUGUUCACCUUGAUGAUAUCUAGGUCAAGUUCGAAACUGGGUCACGUGCCUUCAAAAACUAGGUCAGUAGGUCUAAAAAUAGAAAAACCUUGUGACCUCUAUAGAGGCCAUUUAUUUCAUAAAAUCUUCGUGAAAAUUGGUCAGAACAUUCACCUUGAUGAUAUCUAGGUCAAGUUUGAAACUGGGUCACGUGCCAUCAAAAACUAGGUCAGUAGGUCUAAAAAUAGAAAAACCUUGUGACCUCUCUAGAGGCCAUAUAUUUCACAAGAUCUUCAUGAAAAUUGGUCAGAACAUUCACCUUGAUGAUAUCUAGGUCAAGUUCGAAACUGGGUCACGUGCCGUCAAAAACUAGGUCAGUAGGUCAAAUAAUAGAAAAACCUUGUGACCUCUCUAAAGGCCAUAUUUUUCAUGGGAUCUGUAUGAAAGUUGGUCUGAAUGUUCACCUUGAUGAUAUCUAGGUCAGGUUCGAAACUGGGUCACGUGCGGUCAAAAACUAGGUCAGUAGGUCUAAAAAUAGAAAAACUUUGUGACCUCUCUAGAGGCCAUAUAUUUCAUGAGAUCUUCAUGAAAAUUGGUCAGAAUUUUCACCUUGAUGAUAUAUAGGUCAGGUUCAAAAGUGGUCCACGUGCCGUCAAAAACUAGGUCAGUAGGUCAAAUAACUGAAGAACCUUGUGACCUCUCUAGAGGCCAUAUUUUUUAUGGGAUCUGUAUGAAAGUUGGUCUGAAUGUUCGUCUUGAUGAUAUCUAGAUCAAGUUCUAAAGUGGGUCACGUGCCAUCAAAAACUAGGUCAGUAGGUCAAAUAAUGGAAAAACCUUGUGACCUCUCUAAAUGCCAUAUUUUUCAUGGGAUCUGUAUGAAAAUUGGUCUGAAUGUUCAUCUUGAUGGUAUCUAGGUCAAGUUUGAAACAGGGUCAUGUGCGGUCAAAAACUAGGUCAGUAGGUCUAAAAAUAGAAAAACCUUGUGACCUCUCUAGAGGCCAUACUUGUGAAUGGAUCUCCAUAAAAAUUGGUCAGAAUGUUCAUCUUGAUGAUAUCUAGGUCAAGUUUGAAACUGAGUCACGUGCCGUAAAAACUAGGUCAGUAGGUCAAAUAAUAAAAAAACGUUGUGACCUCUCUAGAGGCCAUACUUUUCAUGGGAUCUGUAUGAAAGUUGGUUUGAAUGUUCAUCUUGAUGAUAUCUAGGUCAGGUUUGAAACUGGGUCAACUGCGAUCAAAAACUAGGUCAGUAAGUCUUGAAAUAAAAAAACCUUGUGACCUCUCUAGAGGCCAUACCCUUGAACGGAUCUUCAUGAAAAUUGGUCAGAAUAUUCAUCUUGAUGAUAUCUAGGUCAAGUUUGAAACUGAGUUACUAGCCUUAAAAAACUAGGUCAGUAGGUCAAAUAAUAAAAAAACCUUGUGACCUCUCUAGAGGCCAUAUUUUUCAAUGGAUCUUCAUGAAAAUUGAUCUGAAUGUUCACCUUGAUGAUAUGUAGGUCAGUUUCGAAACUGGGUCACAUGUGGUCAAAAACUAGGCCAGUAGCUCUAAAAAUAGAAAAACCUUGUGACCUCUCUAGAGGCCAUAUCUCUAGAGAUCUUCAUGAAAGUUAGUGAGAAUGUUCACCUUGAUGAUAUCUAGGUAAAAUUGAAAACAGGGUCACGUAUCUUCGAAAACUAGGUCAAUAGGUCUGAUAAUAGAAAAACCUUGUGACCUCUCUAGAGACCAUAUUUUUCAAUGGCUCUUCAUGAAAAUUGGUCAGAAUUUUUAUCUUGAUAAUAUCUAGGUCAAGUUCAAAACUGGGUCACAUGAGCUCAAAAACUAGGUCACUAUAUCAAAUAAUAGAAAAAAAAAGACGUCAUACUCAAAACUGGGUCAUGUGGGAAGAGGUGAGCGAUUCAGGACCAUCAUGGUCCUCUUGUUUCAGUAUGAAAAGAUACUUGUGUAAUAUCCUCAAUAUAAAAACCAUGUACUGGUGUGUUUUUAAGUACAGAUUGAACUGCACUUAUUUUUACAUGGAAGUUAAUCAACAUUUUCUCCAAACAUCACUGCAGUGAGUGUUGUUAAGUCCUGACAUGUCUGUAACACCAACACACUUCCCUGUGUAUUUGCCAUAGAUUGAACCCUAGUCGCUUACACAGAGUCAGUGAUUGUGAUUUCAGCGAAAGGCAUAUUCACACAGAUAGGCCAUGUCAGUAGAUAGGCCAUGUCUAUUAUAUUUGUGUCAUUUCUGACCUGAUGACCAGGCUGUUCUAUAAUUUAAUCAGAUGACUAACAUGCUGUGAUAUUUGUUUAUGUAUACCAAUUAUGUUAUUAUAUAUAAUAAAGUUGAAAGUCAA